UUGACAGGCCCUGCUGCUAGGCUCAAGCUGCUGCUCCUAUCACGUUUCCAGCAGUUUCCACAUCUUGCUAGAAGUUUCCUGCUACUCUAGAAACACUGUCCACAUCCACAGCAAGCCCAUGGCAACCGCACGGCAAGUGCAACAUAUAAUCAGCUUCCCCGAUAGCUUCAUUGACGAAGAUCCACAGAAAGCUCUGGAGGCUCUUAAUGAGGCCUUACAAGGAGACCCUGACAACGCUGAGUGGUUUUGCCAGCGUGCCUAUGCCCACAUACUUAUGAAAAAUUACAGUGGUGCUGUUGAUGAUGCCAAAAAAGCACAGCAGCUACAACCCAGCCUUCCCCUUGCUUUCAUGCGAACAGGAAUAGCAGAAUACCACCUGAACCGCUAUGAGUCAGCACAUGCAGCUCUCACUAAGGGACAGCAACUUGAUGUUUCUGACAAAUCCUUUGAGAACUGGAUCAAACGGUGUGAGGAGAUGAUGGGGGAGGAGACACGGCUCGGCAGCGUCAACAGGCAGACACCGGCAGUUCCACCUGUGAAACAUGACUGGUACCAAACAGAAUCUCAAGUCAUUGUCACAGUCAUGGCAAAAAAUUUACCCAAGGAUGGUGUGUGUGUCAGCUUCAUGGAAAAAGAGCUCUCUGCCUCGAUACAACUGGCGUCAGGAGAGAACUACAACCUCCACCUCCAGCUCCUGCACCCCAUCGUCCCUCAACAGAGCAACUUCAAGAUCCUCACCACCAAGGUGGAGUUCAAGAUGAAGAAGACCGAUGCCAUCAGAUGGGAGAAGCUGGAGGGAGAAGGACAGGAGUCCAACAUCAAACACUUCAAUCCGAAUCAGUACCCAUCAUCGUCCCACUAUUCCUGCAAAUGGGACAAGAUGGUGGUGGACAUCAACGAGGAGGAGAAAAGUGAGAAGCUGGAGGGAGAUGCAGCGCUUAACAAGCUCUUCCAGCAGAUCUACUGCGAUGGCUCAGAUGAGGUCAAGCGAGCUAUGAACAAAUCCUUUAUGGAGUCAGGUGGUACAGUCCUGAGCACCAACUGGAAAGAUGUGGGCAAGAGAAAAGUGGAAAUAAGCCCACCGGACGACACAGAGUUCAAGAAGUUCUGAGCACACCCCCCCCCCCCUUUCUUUCUCCUUUCUGUCCUCUGCUUGACAUCAUCUUUCUUCACAUUUGUCCAUCCGAAUUCCAGCAGGAGUCCUCGUUGCCCUACAGACUUCGUGGCCACUCUUCUUCCUCCUCUUCCCAACCUCUCAGUUGUGCCGUUGCUCUGGUGUUUUCACUAAGUGCAGGGAGGCUUGGUGGUCCCACUUUCACUGGACCAAAUCACUCACAGCCUACUCUCUGCUAUAACUUACUACCAGACAGGGUCAGUUCAUUUGAAUAAUCUGAUUUAGUUACAGUACCAGAUUUGUAACGGCCCAUGGACUCAAAAGGGUACUACGGUCUGGAUUAAAAUGUGACUGACACACCUGAAAUGCUUCAGUUCAACUUUCAGAUCUGGUUUUAGAGCAUCCAUCUUCUUUUCUCUCCUCUGCCUCUCCUGGUUUUUCUCAAAACGCCCACAGCCUUUCUAUUUGGGAGCCUUUUAUGACAACCUAUUUUCAGCAGUUGUAUAAAAAUGUUACACAAAAAGUAAGAAUAAGAACCAAUUGAGAUGUUUAAAUUAGAACUAUGAUUGCACUUCUUCUUCUUCUGUACUCACACAAAAGUCAACAGCGAAACCGACUUCUGGAAUGUGUGUGACAUGUCAGCCAGUGGCUUAGCACCGUCCGGUCCCUCAGUGUGAUUCAAGCUUCAGUGUAAAUAAAAAGAUUUGUUGUUUGGCUCACAAA